GUAAUUAAACUUUUCGUGGUUGCUGCGUGCUUAGCAACCCACGUAAAUACUCGCGGAAAAAAUUGUGAUAUUUUCAUUAAAUCUGUUAAUUUAUUAAUAAAAAACUUUUAACAUUUAUAUAGUUUACACGGUCAUAUUAUGGCAAUGGAAGUGGAUGCUUUUUCUAUAGCUCAUAGAUAUACUAACUCUACACAAGAAAUAAAUGACUUAGCUAGAUGCCAAAAAGAACCUGCAGUGGAAAAGGGGCCAAAGGUGUCAUUUAUGACUACCUUAGACAGGGAAUUGUUCCCUGUAAAAAUGCCCCAGAACAGGUUUGGAAAUGAGAUCUGCCCACUGAGAGGGGCUCCACACAGAGGUCCAGGCUGCUAUGAGAAUGAAGAGAAAACAAAUUUUUGGUAUGAAAUUGAACACAAGAUCAACUCCAGCAAAGGUUACACUUUGGGAGCAAGAACAGGUCCAAGACUUCCCAAAGAUAACAUAGGAACUUUUUUCAAAAGUAAUACGAAUCCUGAACUACGGGACUCUGAUAUGAAAUUAAAUGUUUUACAAAGGGCAAAUACUACUAUAGGGUUCCAAACACCUAGUCCAACAACUUAUCAGACAAAAUGUACAGACCUAAUGGAGUUUGAUAGGUCCAAGAAACCUUUCUUAGUUGGUGCUGAUAGAUUCCCAGUUUACAGAAGAGAUAUAAAUGAAGUAUUACCAGGACCAGGGGUUUACGAGCAUGAUAUAAGAAGAAACAGACGCGUACAGUGGCACCAAUCAUUUGGGGGUACCCCAAUUGCCAUGCCUACUAUACAGGUCCGCAGUAUUAUUGACCAGAACACAGAAAAGCUUUACAGCACAAAAGAAGAAAAGAAAUACAACAGAAAAUUGGCAUAUAUGAAGUUGUACUAUGAAUGAACUGUGAUAUUUUGUUAUGAUUUAAAUAUGCCUAUUUUAUUAAAAAUAUAAAAAUAUUACAUAAUAUUAGUGUUUUAUAUGAAAUAUACAUAAUAAGAACUAACUCCAUUUUGUAGUUAUUCUGAAAAUAGUUUGAUAAAUUGAUAGAAGAAAUAUUGCAAUCUGGAGGAGAAUUGGAAGGUGUAUUACAAGUGACGUAAUAUAUUGAAAUGAAUAAAUCAUUUUUGACACAAA